UUUAAAUCGAAUUAGUCCACUCACUGUCUAAUUUUUCUCUUCACCUCCUCAGUAACUGAAGAUCUAAACCUCUCUUUUGAUCUGAAUCUGAAGAUUGAAAAUUCAAAUUCAAUUUCGUUCAAAUGUUGAAUGCGAAUCCAUUCCGACUCCAGUUUGUGCAGGUAAAUUUGUUGUUGUGCGCGUUUGAAGAUGGCGGAUGUUGUGGCAAACCAAGUGGGUGGUUCUUUUGGUGAUGCAAAUGAUGCCCAGAGAAAUGUGUUUGAUUUAGGCGCAUUUGUGGGGGACUUGACUUUUGAGGAAUAUGCAAGUGGUGAUGAUACAUCGUUGGAAGGACUUGAGAAAGGCUUGAAGAAUGUAAAAACUAUGAUGCUCUUCUCAUUUUUUAUAUUCCUCGUUCGGAGGUUCAAGAUUUUAGCUCUUGCUUUAAAGCUCUCGUUGGAGGUUCAAAUUUUAAGUUCUUGCUCUCAAGGUUCUCUCUUUAAGCUAUCAAUUGUCACAAACAUUAAAUUACAUCAAAUGUGUCAUUUUUGUCACUUAUCUAAUAUUAACGAAAAGUUGCAAACAUUAAAUUAUGUCAUGCACAGUUUGUGCAUAUUUCAUGUUACAUUAUGUUGUUAUGAAAAUUAA